AUGGGCUCGAUCGAUACCGAAGUGCAUCGAGCGUGGUGGAAAGAGUGCUCGGUAUACCAAAUUUACACACCAUCCUUUAAAGACUCGAAUGGCGAUGGCAUUGGUGAUCUCCGCGGGGUGAUCAACAAGUUAGACUACAUCCAAAAUCUCGGAGUGGACAUGGUCUGGUUGAACCCGGUCUUCAAGUCACCGCAGGUGGACAUGGGCUAUGACAUCUCAGACUACUACGGUAUUCAUCCGCCGUAUGGGACAGCCUCGGACGUGGACGAAUUGACCGAGGCGCUUCAUCAGCGUGGGAUGAAGCUAGUUAUGGACUUGGUUGUCAACCACACAUCGGAUCAGCACCCCUGGUUCCAAGAAUCACGAUCAUCCCCAACGAACAAAUAUCGAGACUGGUAUAUUUGGAAAAAGCCAAAGUUCGACGAAAAUGGCAAGCCACAGCCGCCAAACAAUUGGGCGUCUUAUUUCGGAGGAAGCGCUUGGGAGUACGAUGAAGCGUCCGGGGAGUAUUACCUUCAUCUGUUUGCUAAGCAGCAACCAGACCUCAACUGGGAAACCCCUGCCGUGCGUGCAGCUGUCGAGAAUAUCAUGCGAUAUUGGCUGGACAAAGGGAUCGAUGGCUUCCGUAUGGACGUGAUCAAUUUCAUCAGCAAGCACAAGGACUUUCCUGAUGCUCCGAUCUCCAACCCAGACUCGAUCUGGCAGAACGGUGCCGAGUAUUACGCCUGUGGACCGCAUCUGCAUGAAUACCUUCGGAAAAUUGGCCAGAUUCUGAAGGAGUAUGAUGCAUUCUCGGUGGGAGAGAUGCCCGAGGUCAAUGAUUGCGAUGAGAUUCUCAAGGCCGUCGGCUUUGACCGAGGAGAGCUGAGUAUGAUCUUCCAAUUUGAACUGAUGGGGCUCGACCACGGCGCUGGAGGGAAAUUUACUCCCAGAAGUUGGAAAAUGUCUGAACUGAAAACAAUUGUGUCCAAGUGGCAGAAGUUCAUGCAUGAGAAUAACGGCUGGAAUGCCCUCUAUCUCGAAAAUCAUGAUCAGCCCCGCACAGUAUCCCGAUUUGGGGUUGAUCAGCCCCAGUAUCGUGCGCUGUCGGCCAAGUUGCUGGCAACAUUCCUUGGCUUCCAAAGCGGCACGGUUUUCAUCUAUCAGGGCCAAGAACUUGGUAUGGCUAAUGUUCCCCGUGACUGGACCAUCGACCGAUACCGGGAUAUCGAAACACUGAAUCAUUGGGAGGAGCUACUAGAGACCAAGCAAAAUGAAAGCGAUCUACACGCUGCCACACUUGCAGAGUACCGGAAGAAAUCUAGGGACAACGCCCGCACGCCCAUUCAGUGGGACGAUUCUACGAAUGCUGGCUUCUCCACUGGAGUUCCGUGGAUCCCAGUCCAUGAAGACUACACUACCUGGAAUGCUAACGCACAGGUGACCGAUCAAGAUAGUGUAUACCACUAUUGGUCGAGCGUACUACGGCUGCGCAAGAAGUUCCCUGACAUCUUCGUGUACGGAUCGUUCGAGCUCGUCUCUUCAGACGACUCGGAAGUCUUCGCGUAUACCCGUCACUCUUCGGCCAAUACGGCGCUAGUUGUCUUAAACUUUGAGCAGCGAGAAGUGUCCUGGACUAUGCCGCGUAACCUAUUCUCUGGACGAGCCGCUGAGGUCCUGUUAUCCAACUACAAUCGUGGGAAGGUAUCCCCUGCUGGAGGCGAGAGUAUCACCCUGGCACCGUUGGAAGCUUUUGUCUUGCUGAGUGCGACUCCAUCUUUGAGACUGUAG